UUUAGUUAGUACCAUAUUUAUGCCAUUUUCGAAUUUAAUAGUCUCCUCUCUCUCUCUAGAUUUUCUCCUUAUUGUGGUGGAUUUGUUCUGUGAGAGAGGGGGCGUUAAUCUCGGUGCUCCUAAAUCCUAAUCCACAUUGUUCCUUAAUUUGCAGGUACUUCGAAAACAAGGUUACCUCUUAUCCUUUGAAAAUGUUUGGGCUUAAGAAGUCGCCCUUGCGUUGGAAUGCUAACAACCACCCUGUGAAUCCUGGAUCCGGUGGUUAUUCCAGUUCAAAUCCAUUUGAUUCUGAUAAUGAAUCUGACAGCAAGCAAACUAUAACACCUACAAGGAGAACUUCGUCAGAGCCUUCUCUACUUACCCCAAAUUUGAGUACAAAUCCUUUUGAUGAUGAUUAUAUUAAAGGGACUCCUUCAUCUGCUUACUCCGCGGCUUCAAUGGAAAGAAAUAGAUACAAGAACGACUUCAGAGACUCUGGCGGAUUUGAGAACCAAAGUGUUCAGGAGUUGGAAAACUAUGCUGUACACAAGGCUGAAGAGACAACACAGACUGUUAACAGCUGCCUCAGGAUUGCAGAAGAUAUGAGACAGGAUGCAACAAAAACUUUGAUCACGUUACAUCAUCAGGGUGAACAAAUUACAAGAACUCACCAAACUACGGUUGACAUUGACCAUGACCUUAGCAGAGGUGAAAAACUUUUGGGCAGUCUAGGAGGCUUGUUUUCUAAGACUUGGAAGCCUAAGAAGACGCGCUCAAUUACAGGGCCAGUAAUUACUAGAGAUGAUCCUGUUCAAAGAAGGGGUAACCACCUGGACCAGAGAGAGAAGUUGGGGUUGAGCUCUGCACCUAAGGAACGCUCAAGUUCACGAACACCACCGCCGGAACCUACUAAUGCACUGCAGAAAGUUGAGGUUGAGCACGCAAAGCAAGAUGACGCGUUAUCAGAUCUCAGUAACCUGUUGGGAGAGCUCAAACAUAUGGCUGUUGACAUGGGAUCUGAAAUAGACAGGCAGAACAAAUCCCUGGAUCAUCUUCAAGAUGAUGUAGAUGAGCUCAAUUUCAGAGUUAAAGGUGCCAACCGGCGUGGUCGCCGCUUACUGGGAAAAUAACCUAGCAUUUAUCUCAUGUAUUAGCACUAGAUAUUAACGUGCUCUUUUUAGUUUGUUAUUUCAACUCUGAAUACCUCAUCUUCCAUCUCUUUCUCUCUCUCUCUCUUUUUUUUUUCCUUUCCAUAAUGCCAAUUUCUUUAUCUGUUACUUCUGAAA